CACCAUUUGAUUUAGCGAGUAAACUAAUUGAGAAAGGCGCACGAUCUAAUCAAAAUAACGCUGAAAACGGUGAUAGCAUUCUACAAUUGUUGAUAAAAAAUAAGCUGGAAGAUGCUGCUAUAUUUUUGUCCAGGCAUACGAAUGUAAACUUCGUUAAUCGAUCGGGUUUAACGGCCUUGCAUUUAGCGUGUCAAUUCAGUCUGGCCAAAUUAGUGGACGCACUGCUUGAAAAUGGUGCUUCCCCAAACAUGCAAUCUAGUAUAGGAGAGAUGAAAACAGCAUUACACUUUGCGGUCGAAAAUAAAAGUGUAGGUGUUAUACAAGUUUUCGUGAAUUUCAGAAAAAAUGCCGGUGUAGAAAAACCAGAUUUCAAUUUAAAAACAAUCGACGGUGAUGCACCCUUGUGUUUAGCUUUGAUGUUAGAUGCCAAAGAGCUGGUGCCGGUUUUGAUUCAGGGCGGUGCUGAUGUUAAUGUGAGAAAUGGACAAGAUUUAACGCUCUUGCAUCAAUCUAUUUUGAAAGAGGACGCAGAAACAGCAGUAUUUUUACUAAAUCAAGGUGCCGAUUACAAUGCAUUAACUGGAGAUCAAGAAUCACCUCUACAGCUAGCCAUUCACUGUCGUCUUCCAAAAGUAUGAUUUCCUUCCAUUACAAUACUCAACAAAUUUCCUCCUAGAGGAGAGGACUCUUUUUCAUAGUUUUUGGGACCGCUGAAUUCGAAUUUUCCAUUAGUUUUGCUCUGGCAGCUCUAGUUUUUGAGAUAUGGCAAUGGUGCAAUUUCAGCAUAUUCCAGGCGCUAGUAACUAGAAGAUUGUAAACUAGAAGAAAAUCUCGAAACCUUUCAUUUAAUCCUCUAUUUGUCGCGAUAUCUCAAUUCUACCCAAAGUUUUAGCACUUUUUGUACAAAGAUUAAUCCAAAAACAAGAAGUUUUUGUCCACAUUUUAGCGUUUUGAGCCUCCAAAUACAGUAUAUCGUUGAGUCUGGUAUGGUUUCUUUUCUGAAUGUUGUAGAGGAACAUUAUACGAAGAUUUUAAGUGCUAGGUGGUCAAAAAAUCUGCACUGGUUUGGUGGAAAUUGGCAAUCAAGUGUAAUGACAAAGUUAAAAAUUCAGGAAAAUUUACUAGGGUUGCCAAAGCAAAACUAAUGGCAGAUUUUCGAAUAUGGUGAAUCCCGGACUAAGCGGCCCCAAAAACUACGAAAAAGAGUCCUCUCCUCUUGUGGGAAAUUUGUUGACUAAUAAACCUCCCAUAGUGUUACACGCCGAUUUUCAAAUGCAUAUGCGCGUUCGAAAGGACAUCCCCCAAAACCCCCAAAACCAAAAUAUUACGAUCCGCUUUCCACAGGGGGGCUCCCCAGAGAGCUUCAAAGUUUGAA